AUGCCUCGCCCUCGACCCUCUGCUCGUCAAUCGAGCGAGGCCCCCUCCGAAACCUCCUCCUCUACAUCCCCGGAACGUGCCGCCGACGAUGACACGGAUUUUUUUAUGGCCCAGGCCAACGAUUCACAAUCCUCGAUCGGUGUAGCAAACUUCCGCGAGGUUCACGUGCAGAGCUCUCGAGCGGUCUCGAUACCACCGAUCGGUCGCCUCCCACCCGAAAUCUUGAUCGCCAUAUUCUCCAAACUGGCCCUACCCAAAGAUAUGCUGGCCUGCAUGCAGGUAUGUCGGAACUGGGCCGCCAACUGCGUCGGGAUACUCUGGCAUCGGCCGUCCUGCAACAACUGGGAGAAUUUGAAGAGCGUGGCCUCGUCUGUUGGCGAGCCAGAUAGUCUCUUCACAUACGCCGACCUCAUCAAGCGACUUAACUUGUCUGCUUUGAUGGCAGAUGUCAGCGAUGGCACAGUCGUCCCGUUCGCCCAAUGCAAACGCAUUGAACGCCUGACGUUGACGAACUGCUCAAAACUCACGGAUAAAGGCGUCUCGGAUUUGGUAGAUGGGAAUCGGCACUUGCAAGCGCUGGAUGUGUCGGACUUGCAAUACUUGACCGACCAUACUUUAUAUGCCGUCUCAAGGAACUGCCCGCGCUUACAAGGUCUCAACAUUACUGGAUGCGCAAAGGUCACGGACGACUCAUUGCUUGUUGUCUCACAAAACUGUCGUCAAAUCAAGAGGGUAAAACUUAAUGGCGUAGUACACGUCACAGAUCGGUCGAUCAUGUCCUUCGCCGAGAAUUGCCCUGCAAUUCUGGAGAUUGACUUACAUGACUGCAAGCUUGUGACAAGUCCCUCGGUAACGUCAUUAAUUACCACGCUGCGACACCUUCGAGAGUUACGCCUCGCUCACUGCAUCGAGAUCGAUGACUCCGCCUUUUUGAAUUUGCCAGAACACCUGACAUUUGACAGUCUACGCAUCCUGGACCUAACAGCGUGUGAAAAUGUCAAGGAUGACGCUGUCGAGCGUAUUGUGAAUGCCGCUCCUCGUCUUCGAAAUCUGGUCUUGGCCAAGUGCCGUUUCAUCACAGACCGUGCCGUACUUGCAAUCUGCAAACUGGGCAAGAAUCUACACUACGUCCAUCUGGGCCAUUGCUCUAAUAUCUCGGAUGCCGCUGUCAUUCAACUGAUCAAAUCUUGCAACCGGAUUCGCUACAUUGAUUUGGCAUGCUGCAACCGGUUGACUGACCAGAGUGUGCAGCAGUUGGCUAGUCUCCCCAAGCUACGCCGUAUCGUUAGCAACUUGGAGCGUGUGCAUCUCAGUUACUGUGUCAGCUUGUCUAUGGAAGGAAUUCGUCCUCUGAUCAAUAACUGUCCCCGUCUUACGCAUCUCAGUUUGACUGGCGUGCAAUCUUUCCUGGACCAAGGGCUCACAGCGUUCUGCCGAGAAGCACCACCAGAAUUUACACAGCAACAAAGAGACGUAUUCUGCGUCUUCAGUGGCGAUGGCGUAACUCGGCUCCGCGACCAUCUUAACCAAAAACCACAGCGACACCAAGAAGAGGCCACCAUGUACGAUGAUGACGAAGAAUUGGACGAAGACGAAGGGCAAAUGACUGGCCUGAUGCAUGCAACGGGCAUCAGUGACGACGACUACAUCAAUGUGCCUGCUCAUGACUGA